AUGUCGCCUAAGUUCGCUCUUGCAAUUCUGCUCCUCAGCUGCGUUCUCCUGGGAAUCGCCAAUGCCCAGCAACGUCGCCAAUAUCGGCAGCCUCAGCAGACAGUUCGUUACAAUGCACCCAAGUAUGCCACUCGCAACACGGACGGUAAUCUGCCCCCACCGGAGAUCAGUCUCCCUCCAGCAGACGGUGGAGCUCUCAACCCGGAUUGCAUGCCCAAUCAGCUGGCCAGCGGCAACAUUGACAACAAGAAACCUCGCUCAAGGCACUAAUAGGAAAAC